CGCGUGAACACUUCCGGCAUCAGACUCUCGCGGGAAGUGCGGAGGUGACGCAUGACAGCAGAGUAAUACCAGGUGUCACUAUGUGGGGGCACCCGGUGCGGUCGGUGCUGCGGGAGGCGAGGCUCCUCCGCCGGGCGGUGCUGAGCGGAGCCCGGGCAGCGGGCACCGUCGCGGGACCACACACGCCCCGCUGCGGUGUUUCUGGGAAGAAGUGGAUUCAACCCAGCGGGUUUGACACCGGCGUGAAGGCUUUCAACAGCCUGACCAAACAGAAAGAGCCGCUGGUUGUGGCUGCAGAGGGAGUAGCUACCUGGUACAGCUGUGGACCCACCGUGUACGACCAUGCCCACCUGGGUCAUGCCUGCUCGUAUGUCAGGUUCGACAUCCUGCAGAGGGUCUUGUCCAGGGUCUUCGGGAUCACUGUCAUCCAUGCCAUGGUGAUCACUGACAUCGAUGACAAAAUCAUCAGAAGAGGUCUGGAGGAAAAUGUAUCUCCAACCAUCAUCGCCAGAAUGUAUGAGGAGGAAUUCAAGAGGGAUAUGCUGUCCUUAAAGGUGAUUCCUCCUGCAGUGUAUUUAAGAGUCACUGACAAUGUGCAUCAUAUUAUCAAAUUCAUCGAAGGGAUCAUCAAGAAUGGACACGCCUAUGCCACAAAAGGAGGUGAUGUGUACUUUGACAUUCAGUCCAUUGGGGAUCGUUACGGCAAGUUCGUGGGAGCUGUAGAUUCUCAGGGAGAACCUGGCAGCUCAAACAAACGAGACUCGAGGGAUUUCGCUCUGUGGAAGCAGUCCAAACCUCAGGAACCGUACUGGGAAUCUCCGUGGGGCAGAGGGAGGCCUGGCUGGCAUAUUGAAUGCUCCACCAUCUCUAGCUGUGUGUUCGGGAGUCAGCUGGACAUCCACUCUGGAGGCAUUGACCUGGCCUUCCCUCACCAUGAGAACGAGGUUGCUCAGAGUGAAGCCUAUCACCAGUGUGGUCAGUGGGCAAACUACUUCCUCCACUCAGGACACUUACACCUCAAAGGCAGUACUGAGAAAAUGUCCAAAUCUUUAAAGAACUACAUCACCAUCAAGGAUUUCCUGCAGUCGUACUCUGCAAAUGAAUUCAGGAUGUUUUGUCUUUUGACAAAUUACAGAUCAGGUAUCGACUACAGUGACAACAACAUGUCAGAGGCUCGGGCGUCUUUGGGAACCAUCUCCACCUUCUUCCAUGAUGCUCAGGCCUACAUGAGGGGUCAGCUGCAGUGUUCACCUGUACAAGAAGCUACUCUCUGGGAGAGGUUGGCUGAGACUAAAUCCAGUGUGGUGAAAGCUUUGGCAGACGACUUUGACACCCAGAGAGCCAUCGGAGCUGUGAUGAGUCUGGUUCAUCAUGGAAACCGCCAGCUGCAGCCUGUAUCUACGGCCGACGGAGUGGCACGGAGCCCUGCAGUAUUCGGAGCGAUGGUGAGCUACAUGAGAGAGGUGUUGGACAUGUUCGGGAUCGAUCUGCUGAACAGUCAGGCUGUGGGGGGUAGCUCUGGGAAUCUGCAGGGCAUCGUGGAGCAGCUCACUCAUUUCCGGAGUGAAGUCAGAGCGGUUGCACUCGCUCAUCGGAACGAUCCGACCACAGCAUCCCUCAGAAACCCUCUCCUUAAAGCCUGUGACACCAUCAGAAAUGACCUGGCGCCGUUGGGUGUUUUGAUAAAGGAUAGAGGAGCCACCUCCACGUGGGAGAUAACUGAGGGAAAACAGAGACAAAGUGGACUGAGAGUCCAAGAUAAAGAACAGGAGACGUCCAGCUGAAGUCGGCCUCUGGCUCAGACCAACUUGGAGGACUUUAAAUUAAUUGUUUCAUCAUUAGAAGGUGUAAUAAAUUUAACUGCAAAUACCACAGUUUGGUUUAUAUGAUGAAAGCUGACGUGAUUACACAAGGUAAAGGCUGAUCUAAGAAAACUCUUCUACAUGGACAUGAGGAUGAGACUGUUGUCUCCUCUAAACACAGUUAUAUAAGUGUGUAUGAAUUAACUUCAGAGAGCAAGUGACCAGAGACCAAACAGGAAGUGAACAAAAAGAUAAGAGAAGAUAUAAAGAUAAUCCUGAUUUUAAACUGUCUUUCUUGUAAUAUUCAAUUCAAUCAAUGCAAAUAAAAGUAAAAGGUCACUUUUAA